AUAAAUGAUCAGUGUAUAGUAUAAAUUUACAUAAUACUAUUACAGUAAUAUGCAUGUUUGAAAGAAGAAAAAAGACCCAUCUGAACAUUAAAAAUGUUUUUCGAUGUAGCGAACCGUUUGAUUUUCAUUCUGCUUGGAACCAUAUGGAUGAUAUAUCAGACCACAGAUCACUCAUUCACCAACUGAUCAUAUCAGUACUGAACGAAUUGUUAGUAAGACAGAGAAUGUCACUCACCCAAUAUUCACUGUAGAAGACGUUCACAGAAUAUUAAAUGAAACAAGAAAAACCACAUUGAAGAUAGUUCAGACCACAGAUCACUCAUUCACCAACUGAUCAUAUCAGUACUGAACGAAUUGUUAGUAAGACAGAGAAUGUCACUCACCCAAUAUUCACUGUAGAAGACGUUCACAGAAUAUUAAAUGAAACAAGAAAAACCACAUUGAAGAUAGUUCAGACCAAUAUUUAUUCGUUCACCAUUAAAUAAAAUUGAUUCACAAGGAUAUGUUUUUCAACCGAAAAUAGACACCCGUAACAACUUUUCUGUUGAUAAUGAUGUCCAUAACAUAAAAAAUAAGACUAAAGAACAAAAAUAUGAUAUGGUUUUAGAAAUUUUAUUAACACGAACAAAUGCUCAACGCCAACAAAUCGCAUUUCAUUAUAACAAAAUCUUUAAAACUUCAUUAAUGAAUGAAAUGAACAAUGCGAAACCGAAUAAUUUGAAACUAUUACUUCAAGAUCUAUUAACAGAUACAUCAAUUUUAUUUGCUGAAGAAUUGUAUAAGGCAAUAUAUACAUCAAAUUUACAAAUAACAACUGGUUUAUUGAUGGAUUUCUGGGAAAAUGAAUUUAAUCAAGUGGAAAAUAUUUAUAAAUUAUAUUCGAAUGAAUCAAUUUGGAAGACUAUAGAAAAACGAUUUGGGAAAUCUACACAAGAAUUUAUACAAUGUGUAGUUGAAACAAGAAAAGUUAAAAUUGAACAACAACUAACGGAAGAUGAUGUUUUUAAGCCGGUAGUUAAUAUGAAUGAAGUUAGUAAAACAUUUCAUGUUUUGUUGAAACAAACGAAUUCAGUGGAAGAUAAUCAACAACAGUUAAGUAAUCUUCUCUGUAAACUUAAUCCAUUUCAAAUAGACGAAUUAGAUAUGAUGUACCAACGAGAUUUCAGAAGAGUGUCCUCUGAAUUGAUUCAACGUGGAUCAUCUGGUGAAAUGCAUGAUUUAUUAAUGUCAUUGUAUAAUUAUUCUGUAACGAAACCAAUGUAUUUUGCUAUCUUAAUCCAUGAUGCACUUCAUAAAGAACUUAUCGAUAUGUUAACUGCUCAACAUUUACUUAUUUUCCGUUCAGAAAUUGAUUUACAAACAGUAUGUGAUCUAUAUGAAGCAGAAUAUGGAAUCUAUUUGGCAGAUGAUGUAAAACAGAAGUAUUUCAAUAAACAAGAUAAUGCUUUGACAAAUCUUUUAAAGACAGAAAAAUCAAUUGUCUUUUAAUCUUCAAAGUACUUGUCCCUUCAAUGGAAUUUUUGUUAAACAUCAUGCUGUUCUUUUUAAAUCUCCAUAAUGAUUUCUGAAAAACAGAAUGAUUUAAAUAACUUAACAGUUAUUCGCUUUAACUAACUUAUUCAUUCUGGAAUCUUGUGUUGUUAUGUUAAACAAUCCAAAUUAUAAUUAGAACAAGUGAUUAACGACACUCAAUGCUAACUUUUCAUGUUUAUUUGUUGUACGACAUAGAAUGAUGCAUAAUAUAACAGUUAAAGAAA